CAUGCGCGUUCAUUGCGCAACGCCAUUCCCUUUAAGACCCCCCUUCCUCUGCAAACAACACCAUCCACCCUCUCCUCGUCUCUCUGCAGCACAGCCACGUACAGAGAACUCAACACAGUCCGGUUCUUCCCUUCCUGUUGCGCGCUUUCUCAAGAUGGCUCUCCGACUUGCCUUCGUACCCAUCCUCUUGGCAGCACUUCUCCUGGCCGAGGCGGCCUCGGCCGGAGAAGCCACCUACGGCGUCAACGAAUGGAGCGUCGCUCCGUUCGCGAGUGGAGAUGGCGGGCUUCGGGCGUCGCCAGUCUGCGACGGACGGGUCGGAGACUGCGUCGACGAGGAGGAGGAGAUGGCGAUGGAGUCGGAGUCCACCCGGCGCAGCCUCGCGCGCUCCGGGGCGAGGUUCAUAAGCUACGGCGCGCUCAGCAAGAACCGGGUGCCGUGCAACCGGCGAGGGCAGUCCUACUACAACUGCCAACGGCAAAAGCGGGCGAAUCCUUACCGCCGAGGCUGCAGCACCAUCACCAGGUGUGCCAGGGAUAUGCACUAACUAUACGCGCAUACGUAUCCACAUGGAGACGUAAGGAACACUUCCUGUAGCAGAAGAAACUGGAGCUGAGUUCUUCAUGGCAAGCUGUUGCUUGCUUGAUUUCAAUUACGCUGUUUUCUUAUCUGAUGUUUGAUGUUUUCAUGAUGUUGGUAAUGCUGUCAGUCAUAAAUCACACUCUGUCAUUCUUUUGCCUAUGAAACAUAUGUAGUAAAGAAGGCCUCACAUCUUUG